AAUCUAAAAAACUAUAGAGAUGGGAUCAAUUGCUGAGGAGGAACCGAUGCAUCCACUUCCUCCCUAUCCUUAUGAUACAAAUCGUCCCAAUCAAACCAAUCCAGGACAGGUAUACAGGCCUUCCCAAGAAUACAAGGAUUCAGGAAGGAGGAUGUAUAUGGCAGAACUACACGCAAAAUCUGAUUCAAGAAUACGAAGAUCAUCUAUUUAUCAAGUUGCAACUGACCCUGAGGGCCCAGGCUGCUGUGCUCUACUCCUUGCCCUUCUUUCCCUUAUUCUUAUUAUUGCAACAAUGCCAAUUUCACUUUGCAUGUGCAUAAAGGUUGUUCAGGAAUAUGAACGUGCUGUAAUAUUUAGACUUGGUAGACUUAGAAAGGGUGGAGCAAAAGGUCCAGGAAUUUUUUUCGUGAUUCCCUGCAUUGACUCAUACAAAAAGGUGGACCUCAGAACUGUAUCCUUUGAUGUACCGCCACAAGAGGUGCUCUCGCGUGAUUCUGUGACAGUGACAGUGGAUGCUGUGGUCUACUACAGAGUAUCUAACCCUACUAUGGCCACAAAUAAUGUGGAAGAUUAUGGUCAUUCCACGCAUCUUUUAGGAGCUACCACACUAAGAAAUGUGUUGGGAACUAAAUGUUUGGCAGAAAUACUCUCUGAGCGAGAACAAAUAGCUCAUUGGAUGGAAACCACCCUUGAUGAGGCAACUGACCCUUGGGGAGUCAAAGUAGAACGAGUCGAAAUAAAAGAUGUGAGACUGCCUGUGCAACUACAACGAGCUAUGGCAGCUGAAGCAGAAGCAGCUAGAGAAGCUAGGGCUAAGGUGAUUGCUGCAGAGGGAGAGCAGAAGGCCAGCAGAGCACUGAGAGAAGCCUCCUUGAUAAUAGCAGAGUCUCCUUCAGCCUUACAACUUAGAUACCUUCAGACUCUGAACUCUAUAUCUGCAGAAAAGAACUCAACAAUCAUAUUUCCUGUUCCAAUGGAUAUUCUGAGCCAUCUUAUCAGAAAGAAAUGAGAAAGCAGUUCCCGCCAUUUAUAUAUCAGCUGUUUUUAGUUUUUAAAAAUCUCAGUAAUUUUUGCAGAAAGAAGAAUGAAAAUAAUUUGCAAUAUUUUUUUAUAAGCUUUUUAUUACAUAAACAUUCUCCAAUCUCUAUAUUUAAAAAAGGAACAAACAUUAAUUAUGUACUUUUCUUAUCUACUUUAUUUUCCAAACAAUUUCAGUCAUGUAGUGCAUUUUUUGUAUUCAGCUGUUUUUUGUGUGUUUUUUUUUACAAAAAUGUGUCAAAGUGAAAACAAAAUAAUUACGCCUGGAAUUUUUAUUCUUGAAGUUCUGUGACUUUUCUAAAAUUAUCACUAUGUCGGACGUAGAGCAGUCCUCUAUUUAGUUCUUAGUUUAGGAUUAAAAUCAGAAACAAACAUUUUUGAAAAGAUUGUUUAAAUACUAAAUUGAUAAAAUUCAUAUAUUGAUGUUUUUCGUGUGUU